AUGGAAUUGUUAGAAUUAUGGACACUUUUUACAUUAGGAAAAAAAUGUUAUGUGUGCAGAAAGAAGUGUAUUGGUGAAAUUCUGAAGGCGGAAGGCGAGAAAUACAUCCACAUUUCGUGUUUUAAAUGUGCGAAGUGCUCAAGGUCAUUGAGGGAAACUGGCUAUUACACGGGUUCGGAAGGACAGUUUUUGUGUGCUGAGGAUUUUCGAGCUUUGUCAGUGCCUUUGAAAGUGAAAGCCGAACAACAAAGUCUAAAACACGUUGAUGAAACUUCCUUGUCACCAGCAUCCCCUAUUACCCCACCAACGCAACCAUCACCUCUUCUUGCUUCACCUGCAGGGUGUGCAUUUUGUGGACAACCAUUGCAGAGCAGUCAGGUAUUGCUGGCACUUGGAGAACAGUGGCAUGUUUGGUGUUUUAAAUGUUCUGAAUGUGCUACUGUACUUCAAGGGGAAUACAUGACACAUGAUGGCAAACCAUUUUGUGUUCGAGAUUACAACAUGAAAUAUGGUGUCCGGUGCUAUGAGUGUGAUAAGUAUAUUGCUGGAAAAGUAUUGCAGGCUGGUGGUUACAAGUUUCAUCCAACUUGUGCUCGUUGCUCACGUUGUUGUGAACGCUUUGGUGAUGGACAGGAAAUGUAUAUGCAAGGUGAUGAAAUCUGGCAUCCAAGUUGCGAGCAUACAAAAGUGACGGAAAAUAUUGCUCCAACAGAUCAUGCAGGCGAUGCUCGUGAAGAACCGAAAUACCAUUCACAUUUUGGUCAGCAUUUGACCUAUAUGUAUCUCUUACCAGAAGCUGAACAAACCUAUUUGAAGCAACCAAUUCCACCCCAUCCACCGCAGCCUACGCAGUUUCAUACUCCUCAGGGUCCAAUUAAAAUCCGGAAGUCACGGCUUUCGAUGUUGAAAACAGGAAUGCAACGAUUAACAGAAGAUCUCGAAAAAAGUGCUCCACGUCCGCGAUCACCGCAUAUGGAUAAUGAAGAACCUAUUGAGAUGGCCCAUUAUCCUGCUGGGCAUGCUCCAGAACCCGGUAUUGUUCCACCAAUUGAACGAGCAGAUUUUCCAGCGCCACCGUACCCUUAUGCACUUGAUGAUGUUAAGCGCCAUCUUUCAUGGUCAUCUGUUGAAAAUGACAAUGAUGAAGAUGAUUAUGAUGAGUCGGAUCGAAUUGAUGAUGAGAAGCUACGGCGGGCAGUGGAGCAGUUAGAUACAUACGACAAAGAUUCGUCAAUUGCUCAUGUUAUCAAACAGAAUCUCGAAGAAGUGCACAAGAAACAAAGAUUGCCGCUGCACUGGGAUCCAAGAAAUGCAAGCCGUACGCCAUCUGCCAAGAAGAUGCCACACUUGCGAUUUCGCUAUGACACUCCUGUAAAUGCAUCUCCUUCGCGUCAUUUGAAUCGACCGAAACCAUGGGUUUAUUGGCAGAGGCAAACAGACAGAGCGGCAACGACAUCAAUACCAUUUUUCCACAUUCCGAGAUCAUAUGUUGAAAUGACUGGUCGAUCAGCGACGCUACCGGAUGGUUAUCAUUAUGGUCAAAAUGUUUCCUUGGAUGGUCUCAACACAACAAUUAGCUCCCAUUUUUCUGAUCAAUCGCUGGUUGGACGUGGUGGCACUUUGCCGGAUGACUAUCGUACUUGUGCCGUAAACGGUGCUGGUACAGGUGCAAGUCGUGGUGUUUUGAGAAGUUCAUUGCCAGAUAUGAGCAAACCGGCAAAAAUCUAUCCACUGAACGUGUUGCAAACAUCCAACAAGAAAUUACCGGAUGAUGUGGAUCGCGCACAUCUUGAGCGACACUUAAACAGAAACCAGUUUGAAGAGACGUUCAGUAUGAGUCCAAUCGAGUUCUACAAGUUACCGGAGUGGAAAAGAAUUAAUUUGAAACGAAAAGCAAAACUCUUCUAG